CUCGAACACGUAACCAAUGCGUUUGAAAUUGGCAACCUCGGUCGGCAUGCCUCGCGUCGUGUGGGCUAGCGCCAUGGCCGUCGCGCUGGCCGCGCAUCCUGCGACUUGUUCCAACUUGACGACGUGCAAGGACCUUGCUCCAUCCACGUGUGCGCUGCUGGUCGCGGACAUGGCGCCGUUCAUCACGCAGUCGCUGUUGACGCUGUCGACCUCGACCAGCUCCAAUGGAGCGCUCAGUAUGGAUUCGCUAGUCCAAGACGCCCAAGCGUACUCGCAGGCAGCGACGCAGACGCUGGUCGAUCACGUCGACACGAUUCGCGGCUACGACCAAAACUGGUUUCGAACGUCACUUCAUUUGAUGGCGACGUGGGGGUGUGCGUCGACGCUGACGGAGGCCGACAAGGAACGAUGCGUCGCCCCGAACGAUCCGUAUGCCGCCAUGGACGCAACGGGGACAUCGUGUGUCCGAGUGUCGGGUCCAGGCAACUGCUCGUCGCUCGGCCUUUGUGAGCGCAAGGCGACGUGCUACUGGCCCCCUCCCACCGACAACCGGGAGCCGUACUUUUCGGCCGCCGUCGUCGACGCCGCGACGGAAUGGGUUCACACCGGGUACAUGGAGUCGCUUGUUCCGUACGUGAUCCCGGGGGUGUUUAUGUCGAUGGUGGUGCUGGUUGCGACGACGGGCUUCAUCACGUGUCGGUGUGGCCUUGGUCGAUGCUAUGGCUCCAAGCCGUUCAAGCACGGGUACUCCAAGUGCGGCAAACUCGUGCCGGCCCUCGUGUUUGUGUUUUUUUCACUCGUCGUUGCUGUUCUCACGGCAAUCGCGUGGACGCAGCACAAAACCAUGUCGGACGGCGUCGUCGGCGCGUUCCAAGCCUUGGACAUGACGUUUGCCAACUUGAACAUCCUCUCGACCAACACGUUAGCCCCUCUUCGAGCUGUCCAGCAGGAACUCAAUUCCACCAUCGAUCGCAUACGCCAAGACGUAUCCGACACGGAAUGGGUCCACGAGGACUUUUCGGCGCUCCAGCGAGUCACAUCGACGCUCACGACCACCAUGAAGACAACCAUGGGGCCAUAUCCCAUCGGGUGCACCCCUGGCACGAGCGCUGUGUGCAUUGCAUGCCCGCCGUCCAUGUGCGCCGACUUUCCCGCAGCGUUGACGCAGUGGAUCGCGAGCCUCGACACCGUCCACGAAGCUGUCGAUCGGUCGACGAAGACCAUGCAAAACAGCGUCGCUAGCGCCCAAGCGUCCCUCGGUGGCGCCAUGAAUGCCGCGUCCGCGCUCUUGACGAUGGUGCAGACCCGUGCAACAGCGAGUCAGACCAGCCUUCAGUCGGCGUGGGACAUCUUCAAGCGCAUAGCGGAAUAUCGUGUCGAAGUGAUCUUGGCGCUUUUCGUCUUGGGCUUGGUCGGGGCGCUCCUUGGGUGCAUUGCGCUCUGCGCGGGUUAUUACUCCAACUCGGCGCGGCUCAUCAAGCUGAUGCAUCUGAGCUGGGGCCUCAGCGCGCUCGUGAGCUUUGUCGGAUUUCUCGUGUCCGCGACCAUGCUCGUUCUUGCGAUCCUCGGCAACGACGCUUGCCACUACGUGGUUGAAGUGCAGCACGACGUCGAGUCGCUGUGGCCCGGCCAGCUCGCCAAAACCCUCGACAGCUGCUACGCGGGGGAAAGCCCCCUCGACGCGCUCGACCUUGCGUCGUCGCUGGCGUUUUCAUGCUCACUGCCGUCGGAUUUGACGGCUGCUACAACGGGGCCAUCGACGUUGGUGGCCCUCGAUCCACUCGUCGACCAAAUGAGCAGCUUUACCCUGUCGACAUUCGGCGUGUCUGCCGCGAUUGCCGACCAGUACAUUGCGCAAGCGGCUGCGACGACCCCCGGCCUCACGAGAGCCAACAUCCAAACGCCGUGGGUCCUCUACAGCAUGCCGGACGCUGGUCAAGCCUGCGCAGUCAGCCCCACCACGGCGGCUACGUGCUUUAUGGCGAGCUAUUGCAACCCCACGACGACAUGCUUAGUAGACUUUACACGCGCGCACGACUACAAAGUUGCCGUGGAUCAAAUCGAACUCGAGCUGCAGCAAGUUCAGGGCGACUUUGCGGGCGCGGCACCCGUCGUGCAUUCGCCGUCCUGGCCAGGAUCUCUGCCGCCCAUUCGUGACAUGGCGUUGCAAUACACUGCCGCGUUAGUCGCGCUCGGCAACGGCCCGCUCCGCGCGCUCCAAAACGGCGCGGUCGGCAACAUGCUGCUUCACGUCGACCAGGUCAAGUGCUCGAUGCAAUGCUCGUGGCUCGCCAAGAGCACAAACCUACUCUACACGAGCGUGUGCUCGAACCUCGUCGGGUCGACGCUAACCGUGUCGCUGUGCAUCUUCCUCAUGUGCUUCAGCCUCCUGCCCAUGAUUGUCAUGGCGAUCGUGUUGGAGAAGCGCCUGCGCGGAAAGACCAAAGUCAAGGGCGCAAGACAGCGACCCCCCGUUGCAACGGACGUCGAAGCGUCGACUGCCAAGAAAGCGAACCGAGUCCCGGCCACAUCCCCUGCGCUUCAAGUGUAGCUAGCUGCCCCCCGCCGCCCCUCCCGGUCGCACAGGACAGCUUGAAUACAAGUUGCAUAUAUACAUUCCCCGGUUGGGACAUGCACAA